AUGGCAUGGGACACAUCAUCAUGGCUGCAUCUUGCUCGCACCACGCAGCUGGUCGCUAUCACGGUCGCCACCGUUGCUCAGGCUGCCGUAUUACAGUCACAUGGCGGGGGCGGCUACCUCCCAAGACCGCCAGUUGAGAUGAUUAUUCUCGAGCUACUGUUUGCUGUGCUCCUCACUUACAGCUUGUUCACCAUUGCCUUCCUUUACUUCAAGGUGUUUAAGCGCCGCAUCGAGAAGAAGAGCUGGCUCACCUCCUUUGCCGUUUUUGAUGUGAUAGCCUGCUUCCUGACUCUAGUCAUCAUCACGAUUCUGGCCAAUAAUGGCUCGCCCACCAGCUGUAAUGCGUAUGGGUGUAUCGCCGGCAUCCUGAGCUACUGCAUGGCGAUGGGGCUUGUCCUCUCGUACAACAUCACCCUGGCCCUGACAAUCCUCCUUAUCCAUGUCAAACUGGGCUCCAAAAAAGGCACCAAGAUUGACGAGCUGCACGAUUCGCUCGAGCGGGUCGAGGACGGCCGAUACAAGCUCUUCGACGUCCCAUCGCCCUGCCCGUCGACACCCAGCUUAGCUCUACCAGCGCGUCUCCCGCCGAGCGAAGGCGUCCUCACGCGCAGAACAUCUCUCCACACCAUCACCAGCGCUCCAACCUCCACCUGCCCAACCUGCUCCCUAUCGCAACCCCCAUUGUCCCGGAUCCCUCGGAGACCAACCGCGGGCCAAACCCCAACCGCGACAAACAGCGCAGCAGGCCAGAAUGCAACCUUCAUCCAGACAGACGCGGACAGCGAGAGCGACCCGGCCGCUGCAGCGCUCGUGGCCGACGGCAUGCGACACCACCAAUCCUCCUGCUACCACCAUCACCCUUGUUGCCAACACCCGGAGGAACUUCCCCUGCAGUCGACCUUAAUCCCGUCACAUUGCCAGCAUCAGUCCCAGCAGCAUCAUCACCAACAGCGCGAGCACCUGCACCUGCAACACCAUCACCAACAGCACGAGCACCUGCACCUGCAACACCAGUACCAGCAGCACCUGCACCUGCAGCACCAGUACUUGCCACACCAGUACAUGCACCACCCGAACCAGCUGCACCCAACCUUCCUGCGCGCGAUGCCGUUGGCGGGGCAAUCGCUGCCAGUUCUCCGCGAGGGUCUGGAGCAGAAGUCGCUUUUGACGGACGGGAUGAUGAUGACAAUGAGAUCUCCCACUCAACUGCGGCAGUCCGAGGUUGAGGGAGGCGGAGGCGGCGACAACGGCAACGGCAAUGGGAACGGCGACAGCAACCACAACAGCAACGGCAACGGCAAUAGGAACGACGACAGCAACAACAACAGCAACGGCAACGGCAAUAGGAACGACGACAGCAACAACAACAGCAACGGCACCGGCAUGCUGCCGCAGUACAUGUCCGUGCCCUUGUCCGGGCCGGGAAUGGCAGGCCACGGCGGGGAAGAAAGCAACGAGAUGCGGCUGAGCGGCUAUGUCAAGGGCGAGACGCGAGCGCAAGACAUGAAGGAUUCCGGGCAGUACUGA